UCGAGGGGCGGCGCUUUCUUUGCGUCGGCCAAGAUGGCGGCUUCCAGCGGUCUGUUGAAGGUGUGGCGACGCCGGCUGAGUCUGGGGGUGCCUGCACGCGGGAGUUUCUGGGGAAGACAGAAGAAAAAAGAUCAGCCAGUGGUAGUAGAACCAAGUAUUCCUGUGAAAGCUAUUUGCCCUCCACCACGAAGUAAAAAAUACCUUCCUCCUGAAGAUCUCCAGAGUCGUCUAGAGUCUUGCGUUAGAGAGAUUUGGGGGUCCUCAGUUUCCAGUGACUGGCAAAGGGCAUCACUAGUGGACUUCAAUUUCAAGUAUCGACUAUUGGCACAAAUGGCAGCAGAUCUGGGCCACACGGUCCCCAAUAACCAGCUUCACCAGAUGAAGAGUGUCGGAGAUGUCUUGGCUUUCUAUAAUACACCUGUAAAAGACAUCUCAAAGUUGGACGAGUUGAGCAUGCAGGAGCUUCCAUCGAAUCUGAAGAUCAGUUGGGAGUAUGAAGUGAAACAAUAAAAGUAUUGAUGUCAAUUGUCACCAGUAAAAUAGCAUCAAUAUAAGUGCAAAUAAAAUAUUUUCCAGGUUUCCAGAGAAUGUUUAUUACCUCCCUGCAAAUAAUAAUGAUACUGUAAUCCACCCAGGGGAAUAAUUCAUGCACGGUUUUUGGUUUUGUUUUGUUUUUUUUCGAGAGAAAUCUGGAGACGGUGUAUUUUUUUUUUCAGGCUCUUCUUCAUUGGAAGAAAUUAUGGAUACCAAAAUGAGUCACCAGAAAUAUUUGAGACUUGGUUUUCCCUGUCUUCUUUCUAUCUUUGUUUAUCCUGCAUUUGUUGAUUAAGAGAACUUGUUAUAUUGGUCAUAUAUAAAGUGGUGUUGAGGCUGCAAUUAAUUCACUCUAUUAAACAUUGGACUCUCUCAAGUAGCAAGCUUCUGUUAAUGGAAUGGGAGGGAGAGAAAUAUGCACCAUCUUAACCAUUUAAGGCAGCUUGAAUAGGGUUCUUUAAUUUCA